AUGCCAAAACAAACCAAGAGAAAGAAUCAAGCAUCCUCCUCUGAUGUCAAUAAGUCAUCAAAAAAGAUGAAGGAAUCAUCAGAUAGUGAUGAAAUUAUUCCUCUCAAAUUUGAUACAAUGGAUGAUGAAGUGUUUUAUGAAAUUUGUACUCAUCUUGAUGCACAAACAUUUAAUAAUUUAUCUCUGAUCAAUCGGAGGUGUAAUGAAAAGUUUAAUACUUGUUUGCAAAAUAUGAUCGAUUAUGAUGAAUUGGAAGAUGCUAUGGCAAAAAAGAAGAUUUCUGUGCCAUUCAUGAUUUGGCAAACAAAUAGUCAAUCUAAAAUAUUUAAAAAGUAUAAAAGUGCACACAAGUUGAGUUUGGAAGUUUAUUUUAAAGCUUUAGAGUAG